ACACGGCCGCCAGUCAGUCACCAUUGUGCGAUACACAGGUUAACAUCGCGCAUCGGUGCCUAUCACCCCUUAUCUCGUAACCGAAUACGCGAAUCAGUUCACUUCCAAAACAUCCAAGAAAGUGCGAAAGAUGCUCUUGCGAAGGGCCGGGCUCGCGUAGAAGUGUGCUACAAAUGCGACGGUUGUAAAUUUCCGUCUGAAAUCUCGCCGACAAAAACGAACCACCCCCAGUGAAAUUGUGACAAUAGGCACCCUUUACAUAAAUUUGAAUGGGACCGAAACUCAGUGCUUUUUGCAUAAAACUGGCCCCGUUUCUGUGAAUUGUGGUAGUUAGUAGUUUUUGUGCGCGACCGGACGUCAGGUCGGACUUUCUCCACUACAGGUCACCCUUUGGUGAUCUAGUUUCUGACGUCCAACCCUGUUUUGUGAUCGAGGUGACAUUUCUUAAUAUUAGUGGCUUACGUAAUAUUCCAUUCAGUUUGUUACUGUAGUGGUUGCAAAUCGAGUAAAACAUUUAGAAAAUAAAUAAAACAAAUUUAGUUUACUUAAAUUGUGCAUAACAAGUUGUAUAAUUUUAUAAGAUGAAAAAUACAAUUUUGAUUUCAAAGUCAAUAAUUAUUCACUGAAACACAGAUUUUGGACAGUAAUUAAUUAUUGACAAAUUGCUUAGCCAAAUGAAAUUUCAUUGAGGAAUCUCAACUAUUUAUAUUGUCUUCAAUUUCUAUUAGAAAUUUAUUUAAACAAUUUUGUGUGACAUAUCGGUGUUUAUCGGAACGAGGGAGCUUGGACACUGUCAAAGACUGAACGGUUUCGACCCCCGCACAUAGUGCGCAUGCCCUCUGUCUCUUCGUCUCUCUCGCUCCUUCUCGCCGACACUCUCUUAGCCGCCUAUACAAAUGAAUUCAAUCUACACGUUUUUGGCAAGGAUUUGAUACAAUUUUGAACUGUCGCACCGUUUUAUUUCAAGCACUAAUCUGUUUGUGUGUUUUUGUCCUCCUUUCCACCAACUUCUCCACGAUUCCUCCGUCCGUUCUCGUCGGAAACCACCCUGUGAAUUUCUUCACGAAAUUCCUCUCUCCGAAACCGAACCGAUUUCCGGAUUUCCCUCCGAUCUUCCUAACCGGCCUCUACGACGACCCUCAUCAUCGGCGAUCUCGGGGUCGACAACUCCGCUGCCGCCCUGUACGACAUCCAAAAUGGUGGCGUCACGAACCUGGGGACAGCCUGCGCUGCCGGAUCGACGAACGGGUCUACCGCCGGGGUAACGUGGUGGAGUAUGAUGAACGGGAGCCUGUACGAGGAGUCACCACCACCGCAGCCACCGCCGCCACCGCCUACGGCCACCCCUAUCAAAACUUCCCCGUCCUCCACACCCAUAACCACCACAACGUCCUCGACCUCCCCGUCUUCAGUGACGAGCAACUCAGGCCCCCUACACAUCCCGGCCAAGAGGCUAGUCAGCUACAAUGACCUCGACCAGCCUGGAGGAGUGAUCAGGCAUUCGCACCACGGGUCGCAGCCCUGGAACUACAGUCCUACAGUCGAGGGCCACCAUCCUCCACCGGCCACGGCCUUCGACCAGUUCGGUACCGCAGGUCCCACCUACUACAACCUGGCGGACAACAGAACAGACAGUCGGAAGGCUGCGGCAGCCCUUAGCUUCUGGUCUCCUGCCGCCGCCUCGGGUGCUACCCCCGAGUACGGCAAAUAUUCCUCUUCUUCAGGGACCCCUGGGACCUCCUCGGAUCCCGCCGUCUCUUGCCACCAGUCUUAUUCGCAGACGUGGCCCAACUACUCACCGUACUCCUCGACUUCUCGACACCACGUGGAUCCUCACCACCACCAGUACCUGAGCCCCGCCGACGACCGUAGGGUCACGGCGGCCAUGGUCGCAGCCGAGAGUGCGGCUAGCUUCACACACGACAGCUACAUCAGAAACUAUGCCGUUCCGUCUGAAGUUCCUACCACGCCGUACCCUCCUACAGGUGGCCUGCCCGGAGUCGGUAUGACGGGGAUGGCGGUGGGCGCAAAUCCUCUGGAGUGGACGGGUCAGGUGGUCGCACGCAAGAAGCGUAAGCCCUACAGCAAGUUCCAGACUCUGGAACUGGAGAAGGAGUUCCUCUUCAACGCCUACGUGUCCAAGCAGAAACGGUGGGAGUUGGCGAGGAACCUGAACCUGUCGGAGCGCCAAGUGAAGAUCUGGUUCCAGAACAGGCGGAUGAAAAACAAGAAGAACAGUCAACGACAAGCGGCUCAGCAGCAGAACAACAACAACAACUCGAGCAACAACAACGCGAACCACCACACUACCCACCACCCUCACAACCACCCACACCACGUGGUCAACCACCAUGCGACGACGGCCAACGGACCUUUGAAACACCAUCAGUGACCCGCGCCCUUCUCUGGGGUUGUCUUCGGCCACCACCACCUUCACCACCACCCGCACGGCGUUGCCACUUAAGGUGGUCGUGGUGGUACAGGUAGGCCACGGUAUGUCUCGCCUUGGAUUGAAGAACCACAAUCUGACGUGUUAUGUUUCUUUAAUUAAGAAACUUAAUUCACUUUUGAUAAUUUUGUCGAAUUGAAAACGUAUAAAUAAAUUUGUACCAUUGAUAAUAUUAGCUUGUUAAAAACAAUUGAAACACACAAUAUUGUUUAGGAUAUCGCAAAAUUAUACAUUUGUUAUCGUUAAAUGAUUUUGUUUCUGUUGAGCUUAUUUUUACUGAAAGCUUCUGUUGAGUAUUUUUUUUUAAUUUUUAUUACUGUUUAUUAUUAUGAAAUCGUUGGACAGUUAGUUGACUGUCGUAUUAUUGUUUCGUUUUGUUUUCUCAAAAUGCACGUUUUAUAUCAAAAUCUGAUAUUUAUCGAGGUAAAAAAUUAGAGACAAGUAGGGUAUUGUCAGUUCAGCCGAAUACGUUUGAAUAUAUUUACAUUAGGUAAAUUACGUUUGCGAUUAUUAACAUAACUAUAUUAAUGAACGUAAAAUUUAAAAAAAAGGUACUACCAGUUACAUGAUAGAAAAUACCAUCUUAAACUCUAAGAGGGUGGUGAAUUAAAUACUUAAUACUUAGGUACCUCAUCAAUUUGUGCUUACUGAACAAUAUUUUUGUUUCUUAAAAAAAAUGUUGGCUACUUUCAAUGUUUUAAUUCGUGAAAGGCACGAAUUUUUUGAAAUUCUCAUGAAACAUUUGAAUUAAACUGCAAUUAAAGGCAGACAAUGGCAGGCCUCUGGUAGCUCUGGUGGGCCCAGCCGCACGCAGGAGCCACUGUCACGACCCAUGAGUCAGGCGACAUUAGGACUUCCUCGGGCCUGAGUAAUUAAGUAAUUUAGCUGAACCUGAGCCGAACCAGUUGUCAUCGGCCUCGGCAAGCGGAGGGCGGGCGGGAGGCCGCCGUGACUGACCUUGAGCGGUAGCAGGACGCAGGACUCUUGGCAAAGAUCCUUCCACUCUCGUCCGUCUUCACGCUCACGCAGUUAGAGACGAUAGCUAUCAUUAAACCCGCUUGAUCAUUACAAGGGUUAUUGCUUUUGCGGCCAUGCCCCGCAUCGGCGGUGGUAUCGGUGAAAGCAAAGUGACAUUGUGAAAGGCAAUCGGUGUUAAUUAAUAACGAUUGUAAUAACAUGUUAAGCUUUCACAAACAUAAUACCUGCUACAUCCUACGCUAAAACUUAAUAUGGUUAACUACGGUUUUAAUGCCGUAACGAAUAUAUGUAACGUUUUAGUUUAAAUAAUAUUUAUACUUAAAGCUCAAAUUUGUAAAAUGUUACUCAGUUUCCAAAACUAGGAACGUUAGCCAAUAUUAUGAAAUAUGUGGUUUGUCCAAAAUUUCUCCCAUCAGAAAUGUUUUGUGUUCUAUCAGUUAUAGGCGAAUAUGUGGAAAGAAUAAUUUUAUUGAAUAUAAAAAUCAUUUAGAGUAUAUAAAUAUGUGUGUUUGACUUUACACACAUUAUUGUAAAACUGCAAAACCAUUUAUUCUUAGUUUAUAUUGAAAUUGAAUUAAGAAAAGAAAAAAAAACUAUUUCAGAUGGUAAAACUAAUAAUUGGUCCUUUAAUAGUUAUAACAAUUGAAACCUAAUUAUGCAUUUAAAUGACAUUCAUCAUAAUUUUGAAUUCAAUUUUGGACUAUUUAUUUAGAAUAUAUCGGAAAGAAACUUUACUGACGAGUGAGCUAUCGUUGAUGACACAUAAGGUCAUCGUUAUCGGAGGCCAACAAUUUUUUUAACAACAACCGACAAGGUCGGGGUUCAAAGUUCUCAAAUAAAUGUAAUAACACUAAAUAAACAGUUUCUUAAAUUUAAAAACAGUUUAUAAUAUUUUGAAGUCUAUAUACUGGUUGGGCUGUGGCAAAAAAAUAAAUAGCUACAAAUGUGUUACAAACGUUUUUACCUAAAUAAGGCUCCAGUAUACAGAUUACUUUACACGUGUCUACUUAGGAAGAGCCAUACAGUUUCGUGAUAAAGUGUGAAAUGAUUGUUGAAAUGUAAAUAAAUUUUAGGUGUGCUUGUAUAAUAGAAAUUGUUAUCUACGAAUGGUUCGUUUUGAUUGGGAGGUCUUUUUGAUUUUUUACUUUUUUAUAUUAUAAACCGUGCUUUUUGUUGGAAUGGUUCUAAACCGUUGGUUAUAAUGAGGAAAAUAAUAAAUUAUUGAUAUAAUUCUUCAUUAUAAAAAUAAUACUUUCAAGUAACGCAAGAACUAGUUGAUAUGCUGGAAAUGAAUAAAUAUUUUUGCAUGCCAUUUUUCAAGUUAUGUUCUUCACUAAUAGUUUACAAUUUCAAAAGUAUGGAAAUGAAAUAUUUUUUGUGUAUAAAUUGAUCUAAAUUAAAGUGAUUUAACUUUUGCAACUAUUUUAACUAGAUAUUAUAUAUUGUCCUGAAGAUGUUUAACAAAACAGGACUUAUUUAUCAAGAAUACAAUUACUUGAUCAAAAUGUGUGUUGAUGGUUAUUUUACGAUUUGUCCAGUACAACUGUUGGUUUGAAAAUGUGAUUUUAUAAGUUUAUGUCUCAGUACAUCUGUAAAAUUAAAAUUUCGUUGUUGUUACUAGAUAAAGUUUUUGUGGGAUCAAAGAAAGCUCAUGUAAAGAAGUUAUUUGAUUUAUGAAGUUUUGUUUGUUCGAGAUGUGUUGGUGUUUUUGUUUGUGUGAUGAAGAUUUGGCGGAGUUGGGAGGAAACCACGUGGCCUAUGACGUAAACAACCCCAGAGAAAGAGUUUGGACUCACUAGAGCCAGAGACAUCUAUCUGAUUGAUGUGUAUCAUAAAUAGCGAUCAAGUGACUCUUAUGUGUUGAUACCUUAGGGUGUCUAUGUUAGACAGUUUCGUCUAUUUUAAGAAUCGCCAUAUAUGUUUUAGUUCAACGAAUUUUGUAUUUUUUGUAUAAUUUAAUUGUACAUAUUUUGUUUAUAGUGUGCCGUACUCAAAAUCACCUUAAGUUUAUUUUGUAAGUAUUUGUAACAGUAAAUGAUAGUUUUAAGUUUUGUGCCAAUGAUGUAUUUUAUGGUUAUUGUAUAAUUUGAGACUGCGUACUCAUUUUUAUGACGUUUGUAUUAAAAUCGUUACUGUAAAGUAACUUAAUGUACUAUAAACACUUUAGUAGGAUACGAUUGUAUUUGGCAAAAAGUGGCACUGAUUUCUUUAAGUCGUUCCACAUUUUACAUUAAUUAGACAUAAAUUCAACGGAAAUUUUAAAAUAUGCUUUGUAUACUGGAAUGUGAAGGUAGCGUAUACAGCUGAUAUACUAAGUUAAAUCCAGCGCUAAAUAAUGGAUUUUAGCUGUAUACGUUUACAAUUGUAGUCUUUCAGUUGAGUUUGAGAGUUUACGUUUAUUAUUAUAUUUCCGAUUUGUAAAACCGAUGUGUAUUUUCCGAUUUUAUUACUGAGCUUUAUUAUAAUGACCUAUAAUACACAUGGUUAGUAUACACAACUUCAUCAACUGAGUCCAUAAAUUUGUAUUAGAUAAAACAACACAUUUUUAGUUCAUAUUUCAGUACGAGCACGAACUAAAUUCAUCCAAUGCAUUUUUACAUACAUAUAACGUCAUAUAAAAUUCUAAACUAUGAUUAUUGUGUUUGGAAUUUCGGACAUGUUAAUUUCAAGAUUAAGUCGCAAUCUGUGAAAGAUUAGUCUUAAUAGUUAGCGAUAGUCAGUUCCUACUCCAAGCCCGGUGAACGAUAUCGUGUUAAUUAAUUUUAUUUUAGUAUUAAAAUAUAGACUUAAAUUAAUAAAAGCUGUAUGAUACAGUCAUUGAUAAAGGAUUAAUUUAAGUAAAUAUUAUCCAGUAUUACUCACGUUUACUGAUGAGACUUCGAAAUGUUUCUCACUACAUUAGGACUAAACAUUGAUUAAUAAUAUAUAUUACUCUUGAUUUAAUUUGUUUGAACGAGACUGAAAACUCACUUAGUGUUUAAUUGCUCAAAUAUCACAUUCAUUUAUGUUAUUUCAAAUUAGUGAUAACUAUUCACAUGAAUUACAUUAUUAUGUUCCUUAUUCAUUUUAGUUUGGAAUCUUCACCACAAGUUGAAGUAACUAUUAAUGAAACAUAAUAUGGAUAGUAAACAAUAGUAUCGUUUUCACUCAUGAAAUAUAUGAAUAACUUAUAUUUUGUACUUAAUGUGAGAAAGCUAAAUUUAUACAUAGUUUUUUGGUUUAAUACUCAUUUUUAAACUUUUUAUGACAUGCAACAGUGCAAUACGAUAUUUUGCUGUAAAUAUGCAACAUUUCUUGUAUUUAAUAUAGUGUACAUGAUAUUUCCUACAUUUCAUAUAAAAACCUUCUCUACUACAACCGAAUUGAAAUUAUAGAAGCUAUGAAAACAUAGAUUGUAAAUUAUCGUCCCAUAGUUUUAAUGAAAACUUUUAUAAAUUAUUUUUAGUGAUCGUUCUUUUCCAGCUUUAAGAAUGUGUAUUUUUUGUAGACUAGUACUAUUUAGGGUGUAGCUGCAUUUUCUGAAUCUUUUAAAUUCAGGUUACCAUGUUAUCUGUAGUGUAAGUUAGGUAUGUCGUUUUGUCUGUUGUGUCUCCGUCUGUAUGGAUGUUGUCGAUCAACCACAUCUUGUUGACCUAGUGUAUUGUAUAGAAUAACUGUUAACUUAACAUCUAUGUGUUUUUACGUUUUCCACAAAGAUUAUAAUAUAUUACACUUUUUUCUUUGUUGAAGUGUGUUUUUAAGUUUUUGUAUGUUUACUUUUCACUGUUUUGUUUAUCCUGCGUUUAGAACAAUUAAUUCUCUGUAGAGUUCGACUGUCACUGUCGAUUGUAAAUAAUUAUAAUUAAUAUUCCUUUUUCAAUAUAUAUGAAAUAUUGAAUCAAUAAAUAAAGUAACUUGU